AUGGACUGGAAGUUUCUGCAGGGUCUUCUCAAUGGAGUCAACAAGUACUCCACCGCCUUCGGACGUAUCUGGCUGGCAGUGGUCUUCGUCUUCCGGGUGUUGAUCUUCGUGGUGGCCGCCGAGCGCGUCUGGAGCGAUGACCAGGCACACUUCGACUGCAACACCCGCCAGCCCGGUUGCACCAACAUCUGCUACAAUUACAACUUCCCCAUCUCCCACAUUCGCCUCUGGGCUCUCCAGCUGAUCUUCGUCACUUGCCCUUCCUUCAUGGUGGUGCUGCAUGUGGCCUACAGGGAAGAACGUGAGCGCAAGUACCGAGCCAAGCACGGCGAGGACACGCGACUGUACGACAACCCGGGACAAAAGCAUGGCGGCCUGUGGUGGACUUACCUGAUGAGCCUCUUCGUCAAGACCGCCUUUGAGGUCACUUUUCUCUACUUGCUCCACUACAUCUACGACAGCUUCAAGCUGCCCAGGAAGGUCCAAUGUGAUGUCAAGCCCUGCCCUAAUUUGGUGGACUGCUACAUAUCCCGGCCCACCGAGAAGACCGUUUUCACCUACAUCAUGGUGGUGGCGUCCGUCGUGUGUGUGGUGCUCAACAUCUGUGAGAUUUUCUAUCUGAUUGCUUCCCGGGUGGUGAAUCUCAAACAUCGUUACAGGGCGGCUGCACGUCACAGUGGCCGUGCCUCUUUUGUGCAUGUGUGUGUGUGUGUGCACAGGCUGCGUGAGAGGGAGGGGGUGUGAGGCUGAGUGUCUGCCUUUUCUGUCACUCAGUCAGUCACACUCUGCAGCCACUGGGCUGGUGGCAGAAAUGCUGACCUGACCCUGUCGGUCCUCUUCAGGCGCCGUCCUGUUGCAGUGUGCCACAGACGGACUGUCAGACCCGCGCUGCCUCGCCACACAUCAGCAUGACUUUGGCAUUUUAGCACGGCUCGGAGUCUGCAAUUUGUCGGUUAAGUGACCUUUGUCUUAAGCCGGAUUUGUACUUGACACAAGGAGUUAAUGGCAGUCCCGCUGUAGAUGCAUCCAGCGUAGGCUUUGAAUUAUAGCUCGGUGUCGCAUUUCACCCAUUAAUAGCACAAACACAGCAUUAGACAGAUCCACAACAGCAAUUGUGUUUACAUCGGUUCAUUCGCUUUGUGACACAGAGCACUCGUCUUACUAUUGAAUAGGAUGUGAAAUGCUGUCGCCCUGUUUACAGUAUGAUCUGCCACUCACUGUGAAAAAUCACCUGGAGCUGGAGGUUGUUUAGCCAGUCAAAUAGCGCUUUUUAUUUUCAUACCCACACAGCCUAGCAGCAUUUAACGAGUCCUCCUGUGGACACUCAGGGCUGCUGUAUAAACAGAUAAUGAAUGACAAUAUAAUAUCUGCUGUUCACUCGGAGUUGCCUGCUAGCUAUGGACCUCCAAUAUGGCGGCCUGAGGGUGCAUUACAUCACCUGGAAGAGUGUUUUGGACUUCUGGCUCAGAUAUUCAUAGCUGCUUGGAGGCAGUAAUGAUGGUUAUGCAAGACCUCUUUUUUUUAUGCUUCCUGUACAUUUCGUCAUGAAUUCCAAAGAAAGCUCCAAACUUAGGAACAUAA